AUGGAGGAGGCGGCGGCGGGGCCGGAGCCGGAGCCGGAGCCCACCGAGGGGCCGGCGGGGCUCGGGGAGCCGAGCCCGGGUGCCCCGGGGGAGUCACCGGGGCCCGAGGUGCUAGACGGGCCCGGGGAGCCCGCGGAACCGAGGCCUGAGGAGCCGCCGGAGCCCUGCAAGCCGGAGGAGCCGGGGCUGGAGGAGCCAGAGCCCUGCGAGCCGGAGGAGCCGGGGCCGGAGCAGCAGCAGCCGGGGCCCUGCGGGCCGGAGGGGCCGGAAGAGCCGGGGUCCCGCGAGCCGGAGCCCUGCGGGCCGGAGGAGCCGGGGCCGGAGAAGCCGGAGCCCUGCGAGCUGGAGGGGCCGGAGGAGCCGGGGCCCGGCGAGCCGGAGGAGCCGGGGCCGGAGGAGCCGGGGCCCGGCGAGCCGGAGGGGCCGGAGGAGCCGUCGGAGCCGUCCGACCCGGGGCCCUCGGCGGCCGCGGCAGCCGCCGGCGGUGCCGGGGAGGCGGAGGCGGGCGGCCCCGCGGGCGAGGCGCGGGAGGCGGCGGAGGAGGGCGAGGAGGAGCGGCGGGAGCGGGCGGCGCUGCUGGAGCAGCACGGCGGGCUGGCGGCCGAGCGGGAGCGGCUGCGGCGGGCCGGCGCCCGGCUGCAGCUGCGGCUGGGCGAGCUGCUGCGGCUGCGGCGGGGCGAGAGGCGGCCGCGGGCGGAGCCGGGAGCGGGCGGGCCGGAGCUGUACGCCCAGCGCCUGCUGCGGCUGCGGGAGCUGCGGGAGGAGCGGGAGCGGGCGGCCGCCGCCUGCCGGGAGCGGGUGGCGGCCCGCCGGCGGGACGGCGAGGAGCGGCAGGCCCGGGCCCGGGCCGAGUGGGCCGCCUUCCAGGCCCGCAAGAAGGAGGCGGCCGUCUCCAGCCUGGGCCGGCGGCUGGGCGGCAGGGAGGCGGCGGCGGCGGCGGUGGCCCGCAUCCAGGCCGGGGAAGGGGACAAAGAACGGCAAGUGCGCGAGGCCCGUGUGGAAAACAUCAAGCUGAAGCAUGAAAUCCAAAACCUUGAAACCAUCUUGAAAGCUCAGGGAGAACUGGUAGAGGGUCAACGUUUUCUGGACUUUGAGCACAUGAAGAAAGAGAAUCAGAAACACAGCAAAAAGAUUGACGACCUCAGUGAUGAAAUCCUGAAGCUCAAGAAGAAGGUAUCAAACACAGUGCAUGUUCUCAGCCAGUUCAGGGAAAAGCUACAGUUUGUGGAAGCUGAAAAUCAAGGUAGAAAGGCUGAACUGAUGGACAUCGAGAGCGUCUUGUCACAGAAGAGAGACGUUCUGACCAAAACAAAACAGGCCAGAGACAGACUGCGGAGAAACAAUUUGAAACUGCAGCAGAAAUGCGGGUUGCUUGGAAAUGAGGCACUGCUUCGGGACUUUGAGGAAAAGGUGGAUGCUGCAGAGCUGCUAAGUCAGCGAUUGGAAACACUGAAACGUCACCAUGCUGCUCUGAUCCUUACUUGUAGGGGAAUUCAGAAAAAAAUCAAGGAAGCCAACUCCUCUUUCCUUGCUGAGGAUGACUGAAGAAAAGGAAGCAUGGAAAUGAAAUAAACAAAGGAGUUUUCCGUAA